AUGUCGUCUACUUGGCCGUGGCAUUUCACGUCUCUCACAGACGCUGAGAAGCAGCAACGCCGGGAGCUUCUUGAUUUACGUGGACUCUACGCGCAGUGCUCCGUGUUGGUUGCUCUUGUUUUGGUUCGAGUAUAUAAGAAGUCCUUUAGCGAAGCCCCUGGCUCCGAAAAGCCAGCCGAGAGGCGCUCGCGGCGAAAGAAUUCGGAAAAAUCAUGGUUGGAUACGCCCCCAGUUGCUGGCUGGAUGGAGACCCGAAGACAAUACAUUGUCUGUCUCAUCUGGCUUGGCUGGCUUCUGAGUCUUUGCAUCUGGAAUUCUGGUGAAGAUUAUCUCCACUUCACCAAAGCUCUAGCCCAUGUCAGCCUCUCCCAGCUCCCCUUGCAGGUGCUCAUGUCACCGUCCUUGUACAUGAGUCCAUCACCAGGAUCACCGUCCGUCGUGUCGGUUAUCACAUCCGUUCCGCAGCCGACCAUUAACGCCUACCAUCGUCUAUUUGGUCGAAUCGUUCUUGCGCCGCUGCUCAUUGCCCACGCUUUCAUGUACGAUUCUUUCUUCCUGCAGUCGAGCUACCCUGGCUUCAGCUCGCUCUUUGCGAAGCGUAUCUGGGAUUCUGAUGUUCAGUGGGGUGUCGCUGCAGCCACCAUGGUGGGCGCGGUCGCUCUCUUUGCGCGACCGGCAGCCAUGCCUAGCUGGGUACGCUGGUUGAAACCGACUUCUGCCAAGUCCAGACAGCAGGUGUUUUACCUUGUGCAUGUGUCCAUCGUGGGAGCCUUGGAACUUGCAGCGUUCUGCCAUGUUUCGGUGGCGCGCACCUAUAUCCUUGAGUCUUUUGCGAGCUCCGCGAUCAAUUUCGCCUGUUGCUAUAUGAUGCAAUAG